AACCGCAAGAUCUUCAAACUCCAUCAAAGGGAAAACAAAUCGUCAUAAAUAAAAAUUUUGAACUACCCUUAACAUGCUUAUUAGAUGGUGACCAUCUAGUUGAAUGGGUAAAAAAAAGAGAGGCUUGUGUUUAUUGUCAUUAUCUAGCGCAACGUGGUGAAAAAAGUAUUAAUUCUGAUAAUCCUCCACAAAGCAAUUUAUG